AAACAAAAAACUUAAUGGAAAAAUAAGGAUGUUGCUCUUCUAACCUCUAAAUCUGGUUUUUUAACCUCUCAAAAAUACCAAAAUACCUCCGAUUAACUGGGUUAACUGAUCACUGCCGCCACCGCCACCGCCGUGGGGUCUCACUCUCUCAUCUCAGGAAACCUCUGUUUAUAUCUCAUUCUUUGUAAGAACAACAUGUUGCAUAGGGCAUUGUUGUCCAAGUUCAUUCUCAAGCCCUCCAAUGUUUCUCUUUUCCAAUUCAAUCAACAGAGAGGAUUGCAUAGCAGGAACAAGAAAGCCAUGGAGUUUAUUGCCAAAGGAUGGAAUGCUUUGAAGGAGGUUGAUAGAGUCAUCGAUUAUUGUGAGCUCAAUGAUAGGCGUCUCAUCCCUCUUCUUAACACAGCAAAGGAGAAUUUUGAGCUUGCUUUGGAGGCUGACAACUCCAAUACUCAUGCUAGGUAUUGGUUGUCCAGAUUGCAUAUGAAAUACCAUGUUCCUGGAGCAAAUAAGGCUGUAGCGGCAGCAUUAUUGGUAGAAGCAGCAGAUAUGGGUGAUCCUGAUGCACAGUAUGCAUUGGGUUGUCAUUUAAGAGUAGAGAAUGAGGAUAUCCAUUCAGAUCAACAAGCUUUUUAUUAUUUGGAGAAAGCUGUGGAUCAGUUGCAUCCAGAUGCUCUUUACCUUCUGGGUGCUGUAUAUUUGACUGGCGACUGUGUUAAGAAAGAUAUUGCUUCGGCGUUGUGGUGUUUCCAUAGGGCAUCAGAGAAGGGACAUGCUGGGGCUGCUAUUGCAUAUGGAUCUCUUCUUCUUAAAGGUGUCAAAAUUCCAGAAUCAUUAAUAAAGUUCAGUUUGAAGAGAGGUUCGGCUGCUCAAAUGCGAGGUAAGAACAAAGAAAGUAUUACAAUUGAUCCAGUAGAGAUGGCAAAAGAAAAAUUUCAGAUAGCUGCAAAAGCAGGCUGUGAUCUUGGAUUCAAAUGGCUUGCAAGGUUAGAGGAGGAAGAAAAGCGGUUACUCACGCAAGAUUAUUAAGAUUACUCCAUAUCCUGUAUUCCCGCCUGCAUAAUUUUAUUUGUUGGUCAUUAUUGACAAACCGUAGAGUAUACAUUAUGUGUAAUAGCCAGCCAUUCUUGCAAGUAAAUGGCGAAAGAUAAGGGCCUUGUCUGUUUUGCUGUAUAAAAACCAGUUGCACAAGCCAUUUUAGAUGCACCAAUCAAUAAAACUGUAAUUUUCUGCAAUUCAACUUCAAUAGCAAAUUGUGUAUUUACAUUAUGUUUU